AUGCAAUAAUCAUAAACAAUUCUCAACUAUUUGAAUGGUAAUUAUUUACUCACAAGUAGUAUGGAAAAUCAAAUAGUUACCUUAGAAUUUGAUUCAAAAUAUUAUAGUCCUUGCUUUUACUUUUUAAAUUAUUAAUUAUUGAAUCAUCUUAAUAGUACAAGGUAAUAUUUAUAAUACAUAAUAGACCACUUUUGAUAAUUGAUUUAGAAUUCAAUUUUAGAUAACAAUUGAAGAACAUCUAUUCUAGUAUUGAAUUUUAAUAGUUAAAUGGAUUUAAGAAAUAUGUGAAUAAUAUUUAUUUCAUUAACAAAGAAGAUUCUUUAAAUAAUGUCUUAAAAUAAAUUGUUGUAGAUAACAUUAAGACUCUAGAAGUCUUGAUUUCUGGAAUAGAAUUAGCUGAUCAAUCAAUUUUCAAUAUGAUUAAAGAAAUAUUCAAAUAACCUUUAAGAUCUUAAAUUAGUAUAUUAAUCCCUAAAGACUUUAAACAUAGAGAAUUAAAAACUAUUUUAAAUAUAUCAAAUUGUAGAAUGAUAAUUGAAUAAUAGUUGGAGACUGAUGAAAAAUUAUAAAAGAAUGAAAAGGAAUUUAAAAUCUAUAAUUUAUUAGUUACCAUGGUUUUAAAAAAGUCAAAUGGACAUUCCUUUUUAAAAAAUUAUAUAAUUGAUGGUAAAGAAUUGUUGAAAACUAAAUUAAAAAUUAAUAAAAUAAAAAAAGAGAUUAAAAAGGAUGAGUAAUUAGAUGUAACUAAGAAAAUAGGUGCUACAUUCAAUUUAAAUUUGAGUUAGGAAUAAAAAUUAAUGAAAAAUGAAAUUGAUAAUUAAAUAAAUCCUUACAAAGAAAUUAUUACUUAAGAAAAUACUCCAUUAAUUUAUUAAAAUGAAGGAGAUGAAAAAAGAAUAAUUUUAGAUGAUGAAUAAGAAGAUUUUGAAGAAGUAGAAGAAUAUGAAGGAUGA